GUACGACGACCAAUGUUGGACAGGGACUGAAACCACUUACGAUUGAUUGUUUGUGCAACUCAAAAUUCCAUUGUUUGGAGCUUCAAGAUCAAUUUUUGCUUGUGUACUAUACUAGCAAAGAGCGACCGAUCACAAAUCCCCCCCACUAGGACAACCACCUCAAGAAGAGAAAGAAAAACAAUGUAGUGCAAGCUUCUUAGACAAAACAUAAAUAAAACCCGCCAGCCUCCUGCCUGGCCGGCUCUAUUGUGUGCGCCUGGGCCUUGGCGCGCUCCAAUGGUUUUCUGUUUUGCGUGGGUGCAAACAGUUGCAAGCACACGCGCGAAGUAGAGCGAAGGUCUGUGGCUCUGCGUACGGGCGCGUACACCGCCUUGAAGAUCCGCGAGCCCGAUGGAGUAGGAGGACCGGAGGAUGUCCGCGGACCGGAGGAGGUGGUCCGGCCGCUGGCCAGAGAAGGAGGUCAGGGGCCGGGUGCGAAGGCCCGCUGGCUCAAGGUGGAUUCCGGGGGCCCGAAAGAAGAGUUCUCCAGGCCGGAGAAGAAUUUCUGGGCGCCGAGGCCGGGUGCAGCAGGCCGGAAGUUGGGGCCGGCGGAGCGAGAAAGGACCUACCUUGGGCCGGCGGCGGAGGUCCGCGGGCCGGGCGUGUAGGUCGGUCGGCCGGCAAAGGAGGUCCGGCGCCCGGAGGAGGAGGUCGAGGCAGGCACGACCGGAGGAAGAGGCCCGCCCUCCGGAGGAGGAGGUCCGGCGCCCGGAGGAGAAGGUCCGGCCUGCGGCGGAGGGGGUGCGGCCUCCAGAGGAGAAGGGCCGGUCUCCGGAGGAGGAGGUCCGGCGCCCGGAGGAGGAGGUCCGGCCUCCAGAGGAGGAGGUCCGGCCUCCGGAGGAGGAGGUCCAGCGCCAGGAGGAGGUGGUCCCUCCGGCCUCCAGAGGAGGAGGUCGGGCGCCCGGAGGAGGACGUCGGGGCCACGGAGGAAGAGGUCGGGGCACCGGACGAAGAGGUCCGGUCUCCCGAGGAGGAGGUCCUUCCAGCGUUCGGAGGAGAAGGCCCGGCCCCCGGAGGAGGAGGUCCGGCCCGGAAGAGGAGGUCCGAGCCGGAGGAGGAGGUCCGGGCCGGAGGAGGGAUGCGCGAGCCGGAAGAGAAGGUCCGGGCCGGAGGAGGAGGUCCGGGCCGGAGGAGGACGUCCGGCCUCCGGAGGAGGAGGUCCCCGCCGGAGGAGGAGGCUCGGGCCGGCGGAGGAGGUCCGGGCCGGAGGAUGAGGUCCGCGCCGGCGGAGGAGGUCCGGGCCGGAGGAGGAGGUCCGGGCCGGAGGAGGAGGCGCGAGCCGGAGGAGGAGGUCCGGACCGGAGGAGGAGGUCCGGGCCGGAGGAAGAGGUCCGGACCGGAGGAGGAGGUCCGGGCCGGAGGAGGAGGUCCGGAACGGCGGAGGAGGUCCGGGCCGGAGGAGGAGGUCCGGAACGGCGGAGGAGGUCCGGGCCGGAGGAGGAGGUCCGGACCGGAGGAGGAAGGCCGGACCGGAGGAGGAGGGCCGGACCGGAGGAGGAGGUCCGGGCCGGAGGAGGAGGUGCGAGCCGGGGAGGAGGUCUGGACCGGAGGAGGAGGCCGGUCGGUCGGAGGAUGAGGGAAGGGGUGGAGGAGGUGGCUGUCCGACGGUGGAGGUUGGGAGGGUCAUUUUUUAGCGUCUAAUAUUAUUUCUGUAUGAUAUUAGGAACAUUUUGAACAAACCACGUAGUUCGUCUUUUCAAAUGUUUUGA